UCCUGGUGUGGGGACUUCCCUCAUAGUUUCUAUUUAUAGUGGCAUUACGUCUCUCUGCAUCUCCACUCUACCAGCUCUGCAGACAUGUCUUCUUGCAGACGCCUCUGUGCUCUUCUCUUCCUCACUCUCCUUCUUCUGCAGGCGUUUGCAGAUGUGUCUCAGCAGCAUGCCACGGGAAAGCAGCUGGGGCACGGGAAUGAACAAGAAGGGGCGCUGUAUAAGAAGGUUCAUCGACAUAAGAUAAAUUGCAACUUUGCAUGUGCAAGGAGAUGUAGGGAGGCAUCAAGGAAGAACGUGUGCACUAGAGCCUGCGGAACAUGCUGCAUGAGGUGCAAUUGUGUGCCGCCCGGCACCUACGGCCACAAGAAUGUUUGCCCUUGUUAUGCCAGCCUCAAGACUCACGGCAACCAGCCCAAGUGCCCUUGAUCUUGUGAGAAGCCCAAACAUCCAUUUUGGAAAAUACUUAGAUGUAUUGCAAGAACUUGUUUGUAUGUACUAUGCCUGAAUAUUGUGUGUGAGUAUGUGUAUGUGUGUGCAUGCUCGUGCAUGCACUAAUGCGAAUUUGUUUACGUAUGUGUCCUAUUUGUAUUGGUUGGCAAUUGGUAUAUUGUAUUAAUCAUAUGAAUAAAUUAAUUUGCUUUUUGAAUCA